AUGACAGAAUGGGCUCUGUUCCUGUCGGUGCUGCUGUGUGGCCUUGCUGGACCCACACACCUGUUUCAGUCCAGCCUGGUGCUGGACAUGGCCAAGGUCCUCCUGGAUAACUACUGCUUCCCAGAGAACCUCAUGGGGAUGCAGUCAGCCAUUGAGCAGACCAUGAAGAGCAGGGAGAUUCUGGGCAUAUCUGAUCCACAGAUGCUGGCCAAAGUGCUGACGGAUGGGGUACAGAGCUCCUUGAAUGACCCCCACCUAGUCAUCUCCUAUGAGCCCAGCACCGUGGAGGCACCACAGCAAGCCCCAGCACCCACCAACCUUAAGGAGGAACUGCUGGCUAGGCUGCAGAAGAGCAUCCUCCAUGAGGUCCUGGAGGACAACGUGGACUACCUGCGUGUGGAUGACGUCCCCGGCCAGGAGGUGCUAAGCAAACUGUAUGGCUUCUUGGUGACCCAUGUGUGGAAGCAGCUCAUGGGUACCUCCGCCCUGGUGCUGGAUCUCCAGCAGUGCUCCGGUGGCCAUGUCUCUGGCAUCCCCUAUAUCAUCUCCUACCUGCACCCCAAGAAUACGGUCCUGCACGUGGACACCAUCUAUGACUGCCCUUCCAAUACCACCACAGAGAUCUGGACCUUACCACAGAUCAUGGGAGAGAGGUACAGUGCCGAGAAGGAUGUGGUGGUCCUCACCAGCGGCCACACUGGGAGUGUAGCCGAGGACAUUGCCUAUAUCCUCAAGCAGAUGCGCAGGGCCAUUGUGGUGGGUGAGAGAGUGGAAGGGGGUGUCCUGGACCUUCAGAAGCUGAGGAUUGGCCAGUCCAACUUCUUCCUCACUGUGCCUGUGUCCAGGUCCCUGGGGCCCCUAGGUGGAGGAAGCCAGACAUGGGAGGGCAGCAGGGUGCUGCCAUGUGUGGGCACGCCAGUGGAGCAGGCUCUUGAGAAAGCGCUGGCCAUCCUCACCCUGCACUGCGCCCUGCCAGGGGUUGUGCACCGCCUGCAGGAGGCCCUGCAGGAGUACUACACGCUGGUGGACCAUGUGCCAGCCCUGCUGCACGGCCUGACCAACACGGACUACUCCACAGUGAUCUCCAAGGAAGAGCUGGUCACCAAGCUAAACGCUGGCCUGCAGGUGGUGUCCGAGGACCCCAGGCUUCUGGUGUGGGCUGUGAGGCCCAGAGAAACCUCUUUAGGGACUGAGGCUGAAACCCAUGAGUCCUCAGAGGCAGAGCCCAAGGUCCCCGAGCACAAGGCUGCCCUGCAGGCACUGAUGGAUGCUAUGUUCCAGGUGUCAGUGUUGCCGGGUAAUGUGGGCUACCUGCGCUUUGACAGGGUCGCAGAUGACUCUGUGCUGGGAGUCCUAGGGCCCUACAUGCUACACCAGGUGUGGGAGCACCUGCAAAACACGGAGCACCUCAUCAUGGACCUGCGCCGCAACCCUGGCGGGCCGUCUUCUGCCAUGCCCCUGCUGCUGUCUUACUUUCAGGGUCCUGAGGACGGUCCCGUGCUCCUCUUUACCACCUAUGACCACCGUACCAAUGUCACACAGGAGUACUUCAGCAGCAGGGAGCUGCUGGGCCCCCGUUACGGCCACCAGCGUGGAGUGCAUCUGCUCACCAGCCACCGCACAGCCACAGCAGCCGAAGAGUUUGCCUUCCUCAUGCAGUCACUGGGCUGGGCCACGCUGGUGGGUGAGAUCACGGCGGGAAGUCUGCUGCACACCCACACCGUGUCGCUGCUGGACUUACCAGAGGGUGGGCUGGCACUCACUGUGCCCGUGCUCACUUUCAUCGACAACCAUGGUGAGGACUGGCUGGGUGGUGGGGUGGUGCCUGAUGCUAUCGUGCUUGCCGAGGAAGCACUGGACAGGGCACGGGAGGUGCUGGACUUCCAUCGCAGCCUGGGAGAGCUGGUGGAGGGCACGGGCCGCCUGCUGGAAGCCCAUUAUUCACGGCCCGAGGUGGUAGGGCGCAUAGAGGCCCUGCUGCGGGCCAAGCUGGCACAUGGUGCCUACCGCACGGCUGUGGACCUGGAGUUGCUGGUCUCACAGCUAACGGCUGACCUGCAGGAGGUAUCUGAGGACCACCACCUGCUUGUGUUCCACAGCCCCGGAGAGCUGAUGGUGGAGGAGACGCCCCUACCAUCCCCUGCGGUGCCCUCUCCCGAGGAGCUCUCUUACUUCAUUGAGGCUCUGUUCAAGACAGAGGUGCUGCCUGGAGGGCUGGGCUAUCUGCGUUUCGAUGCCAUGGCUGAACCGGAGACAGUGAAGGCCAUCGGGCCACAGCUGGUGCAGCUGGUGUGGCAGAGGUUGCUGGACACAGCCGCUCUGGUCGUGGACCUGCGCUACAACACUGGCAGCUACUCCUCAGCUGUGCCGCUGCUCUGCUCCUACUUCUUUGAAGAGGAGCCCCACCAGCACCUUUACUCUGUCUUUGACAGAGCCACCUCGAGGGUCACAGAGGUAUGGACCCUGCCCCAGGUUGCUGGAUAGCGCUACGGCCUGAAAAAGGACCUCUAUAUCCUGAUGAGCCAUACCAGUGGCUCUGCAGCAGAGGCCUUCACUCACACCAUGCAGGACCUGCAGCGGGCCACCAUCAUUGGCGAGCCCACGGCCGGAGGCCCUCUCUCUGUGGGCAUCUACCAGGUGGGCAGCAGCUCCUUAAAUGCCUCCAUGCCCACCCAGCUAGCCUUGAGUGCCACCACUGGCCAGGCCUGGGGUCUGGCUGGUGUGGAACCUGACAUUACCGUGCCCGUGAGUGAGGCUCUGUCUAUGGCCCAGGAUAUAGUGGCCCUUCGUACCAAGGUGCCCACAGUGCUGCAGACAGCUGGGAAGCUGUUGGCCGACAACUGUGCUUCCCCUGAGCUGGGGGCAAAGAUGGCAGCUAAACUGAGCACACAGAGCCACUACACCAGGGUGACCUCCGAAGCUGCCCUGGCUGAGAUGCUGGGGGCUGACCUGAAGAUGCUGUCUUGGGACCCACACCUGAAGACAGCCCAUAUCCCUGAGGAUGCCAAGGACCACAUUCCUGGAAUUGUGCCCAUGCAGAUCCCAUCUCCAGAAGUCUUUGCAGACCUGAUCAAGUUUUCUUUCCACACCAAUGUGCUGGAGGACAUCGGCUACCUGAGGUUUGAUAUGUUUGGGGACUGCAAGCUGCUCACACAGGUCUCUGAGCUGCUAGUUCAGCAUAUCUGGAAGGAGAUCGUGCACACGGAUGCCAUGAUCAUCGACAUGAGGUUCAACAUUGGCGGCACCACCUCCUCCAUCUCGGCACUGUGCUCCUACUUCUUUGAUGAGGGCCAACCCAUUCUUCUGGACAAGAUCUACAGUCGCCCCAAUGACUCAGUCACAGAGCUCUGGACCCACACCCGGCUUGCAGGUGAGCACUAUGGGUCCAAGAAGAGCAUGGCCAUCCUAACCAGCAGUGUGACAGCUGGCACAGCCAAGGAGUUCACCUACAUCAUGAAGAGGCUGGGCCGGGCCCUGGUCAUAGGGGAGAAGACCAGUGGGGGCUGCCAGCCACCGCAGACCUACCAUGUGGAUGACACCCACCUCUAUAUCACCAUCCCCAUGGUCCACUGUGGGGCCGCAGAUGGCACCUCCUGGGAAGGGGUGGGCGUGAUGCCGCACGUGCUGGUUCCCGCAGAGACGGCCCUCACCAGAGCCCAGGAGAUGCUCCAGCACAACCUUCGAGGGUGA